ACAAUCCUUGCAAAUAGUUUAAAUUUACCACUGCAGGGUCAUAGAUUGUUCUAACACAAUUCUCUCUUCUGUUUUUACCUGCCUGAGUUUGAAGAAUUAGAUAAUUAUUGAUGACCAGUUAUUAGUGUGAACAGCUGCUUGUACAUCUCUGCACAUCAAAUUCUUCUGGAUUUGUUUAAUCCCUGUUUUUAUCUCUAACUACAUAUUCACUGCACAUAAAAAAUAUUAAUUUUAAUAAAUUUACCCCCUUCCACCAUUUGCUCCAAUAAAUCAAAAUCUCCCAUAUUACUUAUUCUAAACUCAAUCACUGUAAUUGUAACAUCAACAUGCUAUUGGAAUACAAACUCACUUGUUGCCUAUGAUGACAUUUGGAACUAUUUGUAACCAUUGUCACUGAUAACCCAAUGUUGACCAAUGAAUUUAAACAAUGAUGGAUCAUUCUUCAGAAACAGACGCCUUAUUGGUAGAUUUUAUGGAUCCAAGGCAACCUGCAUACAGCAGAACCCUUGGAUUGUCUCGCUACAAUGACCGGGGUCAUUUAACGCAAAUGACGGAUGACGACAGUUUACUGGACAUGGCGAUGGAUGGCCGGGACAUCCAUGGACGGCACUAUGACAUUGAUGGCUUCAGGGAGAGCUACAACAAUGGGAGGGACGACGAACCAAGCCAGAUACAAGGAGCCAGUAACAUCAUGGACACACUGGAUGACCUCCCGCCCGGCAUCGGUCAGUAUGAUGACUUUCACACCAUUGACUGGCUUAGAGACAUCGCCAGGGACCGGAUGCGGCACCGGCACAUAGUCAAGAAAAGGCACGAGGGAUGCUGGGAGAAGAUCAAGGGCGCCCAUGAUGCCUGGUCAGGCUGGGUCUGUGUCCUACUUGUGGGCGUGGCGGCAGGGACAUGUGCUGGUAUUGUUGACAUUGGCACCACCUGGAUGUCCGACCUGAAGGAAGGAAUUUGUCUGGAGGCCUUCUGGUUCAACAGGGAGCAGUGUUGCUGGAGUGGACCCAGCCUCAACUCCACCUCCUUGGAUGAUUACGAUGGAUGUGAUCAGUGGUACUCAUGGGGUCGUAUACUUGGAGGAGGCGAGACAGGUGCUGGCUCCUACAUCAUCGGGUACCUGUUCUAUAUCCUCUGGGCUUUACUGUUUGGGCUGUUGGCAGCACUGCUGGUCAGGAUGUUUGCACCCUAUGCCUGUGGCUCAGGUCUACCUGAGAUUAAAACAAUUCUGAGUGGGUUUAUUAUCCGUGGAUACCUGGGCAAGUGGACGUUGCUGAUUAAGUCCCUUGGUAUGAUGUUGUCUGUAGCCGCUGGCCUUAGUCUGGGCUAUGAAGGUCCAUUUGUCCAUGUGGCAUGUUGCUGUGGUAAUAUUUUUGCCUACCUGUUUCCAAAGUAUGGUCGCAAUGAGGCUAAAAAAAGAGAGAUCCUGUCAGCAGCUGCUGCAGCUGGUGUGAGUGUGGCUUUUGGUGCUCCUAUUGGUGGGGUUCUCUUCAGCUUAGAGGAGGUGAGCUACUACUUUCCAAUGAAGACACUCUGGAGGUCUUUCUUCUGUGCUCUGAUAGCCUCGUUUGUUCUCAGAUCCAUCAACCCAUUUGGUAACGACCACCUGGUGAUGUUUUCUAUAGAUUAUAAUGAGCCGUGGUCCCUGCAAGAGCUGGUCCCGUUUAUUAUCAUAGGCGCUUUAGGGGGUUGUUUUGGUAAAUUCUUUAUUAAAUUCAACAUUAUGUGGUGCAGAUAUAGGAAAACCUCAAGACUUGGGAACUACCCAAUCUUUGAGGUCCUGGGUAUUGUGUUCAUCACUGCCCUGUUGAGCUACCCCAACCCUUACACACGCAUGAACUCCAGUGAGAUGAUUCGACUGCUGGUCAGUCGCUGCGGACCAGAGGAUGAUAUAGAGUUAUGUGACUAUGCCCGUAACUUGAAUCAGACAGACACAUACAAAUGGUCAGCUCUGGCCUCCAGUGGUGUUGGCAGUGCUGUGUGGAAGCUGAGCUUAGCACUGGUCUUCAAAAUGAUCAUCACUGUUUUUACUAUUGGUAUUAAAAUCCCAGCUGGUAUGUUUAUUCCCAGUAUGGCUAUUGGCUCCAUCAUUGGGAGAAUCAUUGGUGUUGGUAUGGAACAGCUGGUUGUUCACAAUGCAGGAAGUGUCUUCUUCUCUAACAUCUGCUCCUCACCUGACAAGUGCAUCAUCACACCUGGACUGUAUGCCAUGGUGGGGGCUGCUGCUGCCCUGGGUGGUGUCACACGUAUGACAGUCUCUCUAGUGGUCAUCAUGUUUGAGCUGACCGGUGGUCUGGAGUACAUUGUCCCUAUGAUGGCUGCAGCAAUGACCAGCAAGUGGGUUGGUGAUGCCCUGGGGAGGGAGAGUAUCUACGAUGCACAUAUAGCACUCAAUGGCUACCCGUAUCUGGACCACAAAGAGGAGUUCACCCAUACAACAAUAGCAGCUGAUGUCAUGAGACCACGACGUAAUGAUCCCCCUUUAGCUGUGAUAACCCAAGACUCAAUGACAGUUGAUGAGACAGAAAGUUUGCUGCGCCAUACAGAGCAUAAUGGCUUCCCUGUGGUGGUGUCGCAAGAGUCUCAGUACCUUGUUGGCUUUGUGUUGAGGAGAGAUCUUAAUUUAGCCAUUGCUAAUGCCAGGAAAACUUCAGAAGGGAUAGUCAGCAACUCUGUCAUCUACUUCACCAGCCAUGUCCCCAUGAACCCCAAUGGUCCAGCCCCUCUGAAGCUGAGGAAAAUACUCGACUUGGCCCCUGUGACCAUCACAGAUCAGACUCCUAUGGAGACUGUUGUAGAGAUGUUCAGAAAGUUGGGAGUGAGGCAAACACUGGUCACACACAAUGGUCGUCUCCUGGGUAUCAUCACCAAGAAAGAUGUCCUGAGACAUAUAGCCCAGCUGAGGAACCAGGACCCAGAGUCUAUACUUUUCAACUAAAUUCUGCAAGACCCAGUCUAUACUUUUCAACUAAAUUCUGCAAGACCCAGUCUAUACUUUUCAACUAAAUUCUGCAAGACCCAGUCUAUACUUUUCAACUAAAUUCUGCAAGACCCAGUCUAUACUUUUCAACUAAAUUCUGCAAGACCCAGUCUAUACUUUUCAACUAAAUUCUGCAAGACCCAGUCUAUACUUUUCAACUAAAUUCUGCAAGACCCAGUCUAAACUUUUCAACUAAAUUCUGCAAGACCCAGUCUAUACUUUUCAACUAAAUCCUGCAAGACCCAGUGUCUAUACUUUUCAUCUAAUUUUUUCUAAUAAGAAUCUGGCCAUUAAGGCAGUGCUUAUUGUACAGGCAUACCAAGGUUGUAGCUGGUAUUAUGUACAGAGUUUCUCCACAUAUUUUAUGUUGUAUAGUGUAUAGCAUUACUUUGUUGUUCUGAGGAUUCCCAUUUUGCUUUGUUAUAGUAAGUGUAAUUCAAGUCAGUACAACAGUUUUGUUGUCUGAACAUAAUAUUUAUUUAAAGUCAGUUUUAAAAAAAUACGCUACUCACUAUAUCAAGCUUAUUUUGGGUUUCAGAUUUUUUGUACUGUAAAUUUUUAAAAAUAUUCUAUGUAAUGAGAUUAAAAAGUAAUUAAUAUUUUAAAGUAAAUCAAAACAAAUUUAUUCGAAACAAACUAAUCGGUACAUAGAAAUGCAUAAUGAAACUCUAAAAUAUAGUAAUAGAGGUAACUUUUUAAAUUGUGAUCUAUUAAUAUGUAGAGAGAAAGAGACACAUUUUAAUUAUAAAAAAAAUAUUUGAUAACUUAAAAGUAACAGCUUAAUAAAGAACAAAAACUUUAUUUAUUAAAAGGAAAUUACAAUUUUGAAACAAGAGUAUUUAGAUAUGUAAAAAAAGUACCCAUUUUAAAAAAAAAUACACAGCAUUUAAAUUCAAUAUAUAGGAAGUUGCUAGAUUGGAAAAAAAAAAACAGCAUUGAAGUUGCCAGAUAGAGGAAAAAAAUUCUUAAUAGGAACGUUUUCCCUGGUGGGAUUUAGACAGCUGAAGGCUGUUACACGACCCAAAACAUUUAUAUUUAAAAUUUGGUGUUUUGUUACACAUAAGAUAUAUUGCUUGAAAUCCUUGUAGUAUUAAAACUUAAAAAUAAAACAGAAUGGUGGAAUGGAAAAGUUUAACAAUAUAUAGUCUUUUGUUUUACAAAAAUUAUGUUCUAGUAUUUUUCUGGCUGUUAUGAUUAUUUGCAUGAGUGACAGUGUGCAAUUGUUAUCAAAAUAAGGAUGGCUACAAGCAAAACUUUAUUGUAAUUAUAUAAGAAAUUUUACUCAAAUAUUUCAUUCACGGUUGUUAGAGUAAAUUAUUGUACAAGUUUUUCCUUAACCUUAAAACAAUUUUAUUUUAAUCAUACACAUUGCUUGUAACUUUUAUGGUGGUUUUUUUUUUUUGGUUGGAAUUUUUUGAUUGGAAGAUUUACUGCCAACCAAAACCUACAUGUUUAUUAAAUUAAUCCUUGAUUUCUCUACUAACAAAACACACAAGCUGAACAUCAUACACAUUCCAUCACUAUUUCAUGGCUUUCCAUCAGUUUAUUUGUAUAGUUACCUCUCAGAAAACUUACAAAAACCCAGUUUAGUUUAAUAUAAUAUAUUUGAUUACCCCUCUCCAUUUCUAAACAAGACUGCAGUGAUCUUUAAGGGGAAAACACCUUCCAUUUCCUACUGACUUUUUGAUUUUUGUUAGUUAUCUUCCCAUGACCACAAUGACAUUUACAAUCCACUAUCAUUUACAUGUUUCUACAAAUGAUAUUUGGUUGCAUUCUGUGUAACACUUUAAUGGAUCUCUGGACAUUGUGUUUGUGAAUGUACAUAUUCAUUGGAUCAUGCUGUAGGCUGUUGUCAUGAAGUAGUAUUUAAGUGAGGUAUGAUUUUCAUGAAUUCAGGGUUUUGUUUUCAUAAAGUAAUUUUCCAAGCUACUUUUUGUUUUAGCUAAGUAAUAAUUCAAGCUCAGUUAUAUUAGUAUUAAUAAAUUAAAGAUAUAUCUCACAAAUUCAGAUUUCAUUGCAGAGAUUUAACCAUUUUUUACACAAAAAAAAUUCUGUUUAAAGUUUUGAUGAGCAAAAUUUUGUAUUUACAAUUAAUAUUUCCUUGAAAUUUAAAAUUUCUGUCUGCAAAAAAACAAAAAAAAAUACCUUUGAUGUGUUGUAAAAAAAAAAAUUACAUGAAAAAAAUUAACCUUGAUUUUUUUUUUUUGUGGUCAUUGAUAAUUUUUUUUAUCAAGUCAUAAUACAUACUACUGGUAGUUUGCUCAUGUUUUAGGGCCAUUCACAAAAUCCAUAAUUGCUAUUCAAUACUUGUUUACUUACUACAUCCAUACAUUCAGCAUUUCUGUACGUGUUUUAUUUUAUACAGCUUUUGACAUACAGUGUGUCCUGCUACAAAUUUCUCUUGGGUUAAUUUAUGUGCAGGGUGACAAGUUUUUCCUCAUGCUUAUAUUGCCUCUAUCUGGUAAUUAUUGUUUCAUUUUAGACAUUGAUACUGUCAGAAUUAUUUAUCUUUCUACUGAAUUUACGAUUUAAAAUAACAUUUCAAGCUCUUUUUUUUAAAGUUUAUAUUAUUACAAAAACUACCCACUAUUUUUUGGUUCCAGGGUUCUAGAUUUGAAGAAUAACUUUUCCGAUUUCUAUAUUAUCAAAGUCACAAUUUUCAAUAAAUAUUUCUCAAAUUUACAGUUUAAGAAAAAAUAAUAUUCACUGCUGUGGAAAUGUUGUAAAUCUAGAAAAAUAUUUGUUUAGACCAUGGCAUAAAUGUUUUACUGAAGAUGGAAAUUUUGUCAAUCUAGAAAAAUAUUUGUUUAGACCAUAACAUAAAUGUUCUAAUUAAGAUAACCACUAUGAGAUGUGUUGAAGGGUGGGCUUGUACAACUGCUUCAAACAUAAGCUGCUUCUAUUUUUUGUGCAUUUUGUCUUAUCUUUGUCUACUGUAGUGUUUUGUAGGCAAUAGAGAAUCUUUCUUUGAUGGUGAUUGUAUGAAGAGAAGGCUGAUAGGCUUACCAAAUGCAGUGAAAUCAUAAGAAAAUAUGUGAUGUGUGAUCAUUGGAAAUAUGUGAUGAGUGAUUAACGGAAGGUAAUAUGGAAAUAUUUGAAGAGUGAUUGGAUGAAAUAUGUGAAGUGUGACAAUUUGAAAUAUGUGAUGUCUGACAUGAAAUAUGAAGCGUGAUCAUAUACUGAUUUAUGGCAGAUCAAAUGCUAUUUACUAAAUUAUGUGUGACAUACACUAUGUGAUGCUGUUUUAUUAUGUACUCACUAUACGGGAUAUAUUAAAGAUGUUUUUUUUUUAAUCUAACCUAAAUCAUACUCAUCAUUUCAUUGAUAAACCAUGCUUUAUAAAACAUGCUUGUCAAAUGUAUUUUGUUUUGAAAUAAAUGUAUAAACAUGCUAACACAAAUAUACUACAGUUGGUAUCAUUGUCACUUUUAAUCAUUUCUCAUAAACAGAUUUACUGUUUAAUUUCAAGAUCACGUUGAAUUUUAAUUCAACUGACAAUACAAAAUUAUGCACAAGUCUGUUGCUUGAUAUGUAUAUUUGUCAUUGAUUAAAAUUGGUUGUGUCA